AUCAAUCUUGAAAUUUGAAUCUUGAAAUCAUAUUCCCUUUCAAAAUUGGAGCAUAAAUUAUCAUUGAUGGAGAAAUUGGUGGAAGUAUCAGAACCAGAAAUAGGAAUAGAUUUUGCACUAGGCUGCAAAUGCCGAGCCACAGUGAACCUCAGAUCACUUACUGCAGCCUAUCCAAUAGCAUUCAAAGUUCAAACUUCUUCUCCUCACAAAUUCCUUGUCAAUCCACCCAGUGGCCUAAUAUCACCUUUAUCUUCAACCUCUUUCCAAGUGAUUCUCAAGCCCCAACCCCAAAUCCCUCCCACUUUCCCUCGCUCCCCUUCUGAUCGCUUCCUCAUUAGAACAACAAUAGCGUCAGAACUCGAACUCGAACACAACUCAGCUUCUGAGUCGACUCGAUCCGAAAUCGUGAACUCCUGGUUCAAGUCAAUUGGGCAUCGUUCAACUCAUGACAUAAAACUCAAGGUGGUUUUCGUAGGUCCUUUUCUUCUCCGUCAUGCCGUUAGUAACGGAGAUUGUGAUUCCGUUAGGAAUAUUAUCAAACGGCAGCGAUCCAUUUUCACCGAGUUUUCAACCCGGGAAGCAGAGGCACUCUUCCGAGUAGCAAAGCAGCUCCCUAAUAACAACAACGACAUGGUGAAUAUUUUGAUUGAAGGUGGACUGAAGGUGGACUCAUGUACUGAACCAAACGACGUUAAAUGGGUGUCCAAGGGAUGGACGGCGUUACAUAUCGCCGUCGCGAAUGACCGGAGGGAAGAGAUUGAGAGGUUAUUGACAGUGAACGGAGGGUGCAGGUGGUUGGAUAGCAGAGACAAGGAGGGAAGAACGCCGUUACAUUUAGCAGCGAGUAAAGGGUUAAUGGAAAGUGGUAAGGUGUUGAUAGGUGCAGGUGCGCAAGUGGAUGCGAGAAGCAAAGAUGGUCGAACAGCUUUGUUCAGAGCUGCUGCUAAUGGCGACUGUCAAAUGGUGAAGAUGCUUGUUGAAAUGGGUGCUGACCCUACUCUCACUGAAUUGCAUCUUGGGCGUUCAGCUCUUGAUAUCGCCAGAGCUAAGGGACACGGGGUAGUCGUUACAAUACUCGAAAGAGGAGAAGCAGUUCUACAUGCAGCAAGGCGUGGAGACCUUCAGCUACUCGAGACUCUUCUCGAAAAGGGAGCAACCACCAACUUCCACGAUCAAUAUGGUCUAGCAGCACUUCACAUGGCAGCUAUUAAAGGAAAAAAAGACGCAGUAAUGAUAUUGGCUGAAUUUGGAGCCGACUUGGAAUGUCAGGACAUAGAAGGUCACACUCCGCUGCAAAUGGCAGUCGAAGGCGGAUGUGCACAGACGGUAGAAGUGCUGCUGAACAGAGGAGCCAAUGUAAAUGCCAAGAACAAGAAAGGUGCCACUCCACUUUCUGUUUCUAAAUUUUUGGGUUUUGAAGAAAUAACGCAGCUACUCGUUGAUGAGGGUGCAGUGCUUUCUGUAAUUCCUUCAAAUUCUCCAUCUCCCGUAUCUUGAUUUUUGGCUAUGUAGAUGUACAACUUUAAUGAAUAUAUGUAUAAUAUCAGGCGAUUCAAGUAAUGAACAAAGUAUAAAUUUUCCGUCUUUCCAACAAA